AUGUCUUUCUGCAGAGAGAUGAUCAGCUCCCGCUGCCUCCCGCCCUGCGAGGUGGCCUGUCCACAACCCAUUGCAAACGCCUGGAACCAGCCCUGUGUGACAUCCUGCGGGGACUCCAGGGCUGUCAUCUACCCUCCGCCCGUGGUCAUGACGUUCCCAGGGCCCAUCCUCAGCUCUUGUCCUCAGGAGAGCGUGGUGGGCAGCACAGCACCAGCCGGCAUUGGGAGCUCCUUUGGAUCCGUGGGCUUUCUGGGCUCCCGGGGUCCCUAUGGAUCUGGGAGCUUGUACAAUUAUGGGAGGUCAUAUUCCUCCUAUGGGUCCACUAGGUAUGGUUUUGGGAGCUGCAGACCAUGCUAA